AUGUCGAAGGUUUCUAAAGUUGAAGGGAAAGUCAACAAGAAUAACAAUAACAGCAACAGCGCUGGUGUAAGACGUAGAGUAAAUAAGGCAUGUGCAGUAUGUCGAAGAAGAAAAGUUAAAUGUGAUGGGACUCAACCAUGUCAGAAUUGUAAAAUCUCCGGAUUGUUAUGUUCAUACGAAAAAAAGAAAAUCGCAGAACGUGUUUCAUUAUACAAACAAGAAGAUGAUAUUAGAAAAGAGUUAGGUACAUUAUCUCACUAUAGAAAAUGUCUCGAGAACUUGGUAGAUGUGGACUCAAUACAAUUACAGCCACUUCUCACUCAGUUAGAUUCAAAAUUGGAUAAAUUCAGAGAUGAUAUGAGAUUGACAUUCUCAAACAAAGCUGUCAAAAGUUAUCAUCAGAAGGCAUCGCUAGAGACUUCACUUGUGGAAACUGAUUUUGUAAAGUUUAACUACUACGAAAAACUAUAUAUGAGUGAAUGUUCUGAAAAUCUUGAAAGCUCUACCAUUAGCGUCUAUUUUGGGUUAUACACUGCCUUGACCUUGUUUUCGAAUGGUGGGUUUGGUUGGCUAUUUAAAAAAAUGUUUAUUUCAACAUUAGAUCAAGAUGAGACUAAAAAAACUUUCUAUUUAUAUUUGAAAUGUGUUGAUCUAGGUUCCGUAUGGUUCAGUAAAAAUUUACAACAGUCGACGAGACCUUUGCAAUGGUGUAAAAAAUAUUAUAAGUCAAAUUUACCGAAGGAUGUUUCUGAUUCUGACGUUGUGAUUAGCGUAUCCAAUGACGUGUGUAAUGUAAUAAAUGAUAAAGAAACAGAUUUUAGUGAUAUUAAAAGAGUUCCUCCUGAGGUGGUAUUAGAAAGAGUAGUAGAUUUGAUGAAAAAACAUAAAACAUUCUUUUCUAACCCUGAAGUCAAAUUUACUCCUUUAUUGAACAAACAAUUUUUUAUGGCAGAAGAAUAUAUGCAUCUGUUGUUUCUCGAAUACUUUCAGAGAUGUACAUUUGCUCUGCUUGUGGACAAUAGAGUCAUCCAGUCGACUCUUUGGUUCUUAGAUGAAUUUUUCUGGAAGGAAGAUUAUACCAAUCUAAGAAGAUUUGUUGGUUCAAUCAUCAACAGAGCAGUGGAUAGUGGCUACAAUAGAUGGGAAUAUUAUAUAGGUCUUUCCGAAGAAACCGCAGAUCAUAAAAGGAAGCUUUGGUGGAAGUUAUAUUGGUGGGAUAAAUGGAGUUCUCUCUUGACUGGAAAACCAACACUCAUACAGGAACGUCAGGUGGAAUGUCUACUUCCAAAAUCCUUUUUGGAAUGUGGUAUCGAUGAUAAGAUGGAUAUUAAUACACUACUUAAAUCUGCAGAUUUUGAAAAAGCAUAUAAAGAUGGCGUCUUGACAGAUCUGGCUUAUUACAUAUUAGCGAAGAUUCUUCAAUAUUGUUUUGAUGAAAUUCUUUAUAAUAAUAAAUUUACAAGUUACAGAAUAUUUUCUGCAAAUUACCCAAAUCUCGAUGAAAUUUCCUCUGAUCUUUUGGAAAAUAUUGAAUUACUUCGCAAUUACUUUGAAUUAUUAGAAACCAAACUGCUCCCAUUAUUUGACAAUUUAAAGGGACCUGGACCAGAUUUAGAUUACUGUGUUAUUUUUUACUUUUCUGCUACAGAGGCGUUGUCAUCCGUCGGAAACGUCCUUAUACGAAUCAUGGGUACCGAAAAGACAAUACUCAAGGAUAAAUUAAAUGAUAAGUUAAUACUUUUAAGGUCGUUAAGUGUAAAUGCAAGUCAAAAAGCAUUAAGAAAAUUACUACUUCUUAAGGAGAAAUAUUACCAAAUUAGAAUGACUAAAAUGACAACAUUUUUCAUAAUUGUAAUUGUUAUAUGUGCAAUUGAUAGUCCUGUUGAAGAUAUGGUAUCUAAUGUCUCAUUAUUAUGUUCAAUUUUGGGUCAGUUUACAUUAAAUGAACGACAGGAGAACAUAUUUGACGAGCACAUAUCUUAUGUCUAUGAACAACAACCAACAGUAAGUAUCUCGUUUUCGUUCAUCCUUGUUAGAAUUUAUUUGCAAACUUGUUUGUAUGCCACCAACUUAUCAAGUGAAGAAUUAGGUAAACGGUUAAAGGACGAAAGUGAAGUUACGUAUAAUAUGUACUGUGAUUUACUGGAUACUUCCUCUAGGUGUUUUGAGCCGUUAUUGCGUGAUAUCGAAAUUAGUUAUAUGCAUAAAGAGGUCCUAGAUCUCGUUAACAAAACUACCGGUUCCCAAUUUUUCGCAAAUUUUAAGAAGCCUGUCUCUAAUGAAGAUUCAACGGGUACUGGUCAUAGUAGAGUUUCAUCUACCACCCCUCAAGACGAAUUACUCUCGUUGAUUAAUUUGGAAGAUUUUUUGAAUCUUGAUAUAUUCCCGGAAGUAUAUCACGCUAUUUGGCAGAAUUUCGAUACCGACUAG